GGACCAGAGUCGCACAGUACUGGCUGGACCGUGGAAGCGUUGUGUUGUGUUUUGCUCGUUACUCCGCGUUCGUUUGGUCGUUCGAUUUUUUCUUGGGGGGAUUUAACUUCCCAAAUCGGAAGAAAAUCACAGCUUCGGGGGUGGUGAUCGAUCCCAUCGGUGAUUUCAGCGUCGGGAAGAUUCAGUUAGAUAUUGGUGAAUGGGAAUCGAGACCGUAUGCUGCGACACAAGGAUUACGUCACGGUUCGUUACAUUCGGUAGAACACUUUUUCCAGCUCGGUCUGGGAAAAUCUCUCGGGAAAACAGUCAGCGCUGGGUACGGUGCAGAAGUGAACAUCCCGGAAAACGGAAAUGAGCAUACGAGGCAGGGAAAUUUAUGUGGAAAUUAGAUUAUCGUCGAAGAAGCAUAGUGUAGUGAGUGUUUAACAAAUGUGGGAGAUUUUGGCCUGCGGAAACAACGAAGAAUACUUCGAGUGUUCGUUUCAGUGAAUAUCGGUCCCGGUUGAGUGUGACGUAUGGAAACUCGCGCAAUCAGUGCUGAGAACAGAAGCGAAGAAACUUGUUAUACGUCUUUCCUCGUGCAGUUUGAUUGGUAUUUGUAUACAAAUCUCGGAUUCUCCAGACGCGCGCGAGAAAUGUUUUGACGCAAACUCGGAAGAAGUCCAUACGAGACUGAAUCAAGCAAAAAUCUGUUAUAAAUAAAAUUGUAAUUUAUAACGGAGCGGAUUUUUCCUUCGGAGUUUAUCUCGAGGUCUGCAAUCGAUCAUUUUUUUCCGACGGGCCCGAGCAGGGAGUGGAAAAGGCCCAAACGUUGACUGGGGAGCGUGCGAUAAUUGACGAUUUGACAGUUCGCAGCUUCAAGGUAACACAAUCCUUCGUUCGGACGUCCGGGAGGAAUCGCCCGAGGGGACUAUUAUUUAUUGAACUGUGGUGCUCCAAAGAAAGACGGAGACGAAGACGACAAGGACAAAAGGAAAAUCUGCCAAAAACAAAAGAUCCAUCGUUCUGGACUGGACGACAGUGCGAAGCAUAGGAGGAAGCAUAAAGAGAUCGGACGAAGGAGAUCUUCGGUUUACCUCUCUGCUGAAGACCCCGGGAGGUGUGUGUAUGCAACCGGCACCGGAGCAGCGGAGAACAAUUCCUACCUUCGCAAGACUCGGGUCGAGACUUGGCUGCUGCUGCUGCUCUGCUCUCGUCGUCGUCUUCGUGAGUGUCUAGAAGAGGAGCCUGCUGCCAAAGGAGGAGUACGAGGAACGGCAGACGCCCGAGGAAGAUCCAGACAUGGCGCCGAAAUACAGAAAAAAGAAGGCAAAUGCGCGCGCACUUCAGUGCUACUGUGAAGGGCAUUGCCCGGGAAACCUGCAGAAUGGAACGUGCGAAACACGGCCCGGAGGGUCGUGCUUUGCUGCCGUGGAGGAAGUGACCGAUGAUGAAACGGGCCUAACCGUGCCGGAAUGGAGCCACGGGUGUAUGCCACCGGAGCAAAACGGAGGGCUGCUGCAGUGCAAAGUCGGCGUCCAAUCCCCGCAGAUCCACGGCAAGUCGAUCGUCUGCUGCGACGGCGAGGACUUCUGCAACAAGGACCUCCUGCCGGAAUACGUCCCGAAAACGACCACCCCGCCUCCGAUGUCCAACGUAACCGACCACAACGGCCACCACACGCUGGCCCUCCUAGCUUCCUUCAUCAUCUGCGCGGUUGCCUUCAUAGUGGUGGUCAUAGCGGCCUACGUCAUAUUCAAAAAGCGCGAAAAGAGGAAACCCCACUGUCUGAUCGAUUCCGUUUGCAAUCCGAAUCUGUCGCCGUUGGCUGAUCUGGUGGAACAGAGUAGUGGGUCUGGAUCGGGACUGCCUCUUCUGGUGCAGCGAACCAUUGCCAAGCAGAUCCAGAUGGUUCAUUCCGUCGGGAAGGGACGCUACGGUGAGGUCUGGCUGGCCAAGUGGCGCGACGAAAGGGUUGCCGUCAAGAUCUUCCACACCACCGAGGAAGCUUCCUGGUUCCGGGAGACGGAAAUCUACCAAACCGUUCUGAUGAGACACGAAAACAUUCUUGGAUUUAUCGCGGCGGACAUCAAGGGAACUGGCACGUGGACGCAAAUGUUGCUCAUAACCGACUACCAUGAGUUGGGAAGCUUGUACGAUUACCUGCAGAAACGAGUUCUUAAUCCGCAUAUGCUUAAGACUUUGGCACUUUCCCUUGCAUCCGGCCUAGCACAUCUCCAUACGGAAAUCUUCGGAACACCGGGCAAACCAGCGAUCUCCCAUCGGGACAUCAAAAGUAAAAACAUCCUCGUCAAACGCAAUGGACAGUGUGCGAUUGCAGAUUUUGGCCUGGCGGUGAAGUAUUCCAGCGAAUCGGACGAGAUUGAAAUCGCCAACAACACCCGCGUAGGAACUCGUCGCUACAUGGCCCCGGAAGCGCUGAACGAAACCCUGGACACGACGGUCUUCGAGAGCUUCAAGCAAGCGGACAUGUACUCGCUGGGAUUGGUCUUCUGGGAAAUGGCUCGUCGCUGCAUCAGCACCAUCCGCGGAACGAAGAACACAACCUGCGAGGACUAUGCCCUGCCGUAUCAGGAUGUGGUCCCGUCGGAUCCCAGCUUCGAGGACAUGUACGCCGUGGUGUGCGUCAAGGGCGUUCGGCCGCCCAUUCCCCUGCGAUGGCAAGACGAGGAGAUACUGGUAGUAUUAUCCAAGAUGAUGCAGGAAUGCUGGCACCCGAAUCCGGCCGUCCGGUUGACGGCCCUGCGGGUCAAGAAGACCCUCGGCAAGCUGGAGACAGACUGUUCGAUUAAGAUAGUGUAAAUUGCGGCGCGAAUGAUCGUGUGAAUCGAGUGAAUAUGGUGUGCGAAGGUGCGAAUGUUGACGAGCAUUAGUGCGAUUUUAUUUAUUCUACAGUACUGUUUUAUUUCCGGAAUGCGUCUUAUUUGAAUAUAGACUCUAGCCUUGUAAGUUUUCAACAACGUGUAGCACUAGUUGGUAAGCAUAUUUUUCAAGAACCGAUUGUUGAAAUGUUAGCGGAAGAAGGAUAAAAUCAAGUUGCCAUAAAGCAUUCAUACAAUUUCAAGACACAAACAGUGUGAGCAAGUUUAAACAGUAGCGAAAUUUUGAGAAGCGUCUUAAAACGAUGUAAAUAAAAAUCUCUUUCGUUUUAAUCGAAUGCAACUCGUUCGUAUUUGCGAUUUUGAUGUUCGAUCUGUGCUCCCAAUAAUUCAUUACGCUCUAUUGUUACUAGCUUUAACGUUUUGAGAAGUGAAAAUGCCAUAUAGUUGUAAAAUAAAGAUUUCACCAAAAUGUACGAUUGAACAAGCAAAUAAAAAAUCGGAUAAAACUUUAGCUCAGUGAUUUUUAGAUAGCAUAGCCGUGGUCACGGCCAAGGAAGUGCCCAGAGAUUAAAAGUGUAUGCCUUAUUUUAUGACGAUGAUGAACAGCUAUUUGGAGGCCUUGCAGUUUUACAUUUUUUCCGUGAUAAAAAGAUCACACUUUCAACAAACUCACAACAAUAGCGAAAUAUGUCCCUUAUUUUUAGGAAGGGAACAGAGUUUUAUUCUCAAAAAA